CUUCAAUGUUUGCUGUGCAGAGCCUACUGCCUCGCUAGGUGGAUCCAUACCGUCUCUCUGUUUGAAGAGAAGAGGUUGACCAGCUUUUGCAGACCCAAGCGUUCAGCAUUGUCAGGAGCCUGCCCACAAUGGCGGCUUUUUCUGUGUCAAAAUUCUCAGUCAGUGCGUUUGUAGUGCUGAUCACCUUGUCGUCAAUCCAUGCAACGGCAGCCAAGAAGGGCCCUGUGAAGAGGAUUUGGUACAAAGCACCCGACCUCUACCCUGAGGGGGUAUCCUACGAAGCGAAGCAUGAUCAGUUCCUAGUCAGCUCGCUCCGAACCCCGUGCAUAACGGCAGUCAAGGAAGAUGGAAGCUUUAACACGUUUGUCUGUGACCCAGAGUUCGAGGGAAAGUUGGUCCUGGGGGUGAGAGUGGACGAGCCGAGAAACAGGGUGGUUGCAGCAGUUUCCUCGAUGUCUCCAGAUGAAAUCUACGCCGCUGUGGUCGGGUAUGAUCUGGACACUGCUGACAGGGUGCUGUUCACGAGGCUGGAUGAGGUUACUCCGGAGCCCUUGGGAGACCCCGAAGACUCGGAUUAUUUGAAGCCCCCGGCUGUGGCAAAUGAUGUUGCCAUUGAUGCAAAAGGCAACCUCUAUGUAACCAACACCCUGGGCAACUCAAUCUGGAAAGUGGGAACGGACGGCGCAGCAUCAGUCCUGACAGCGGACCCCUUGUUCUCAUCCCUGCCCAACGUCUACCAGGUCCCAGACCUUGGAGCAGUGGGUCUGAACGGCAUCGAGUACCACCCCAAGGGAUUCCUCCUGGUCGGUCACACGAGCGCAGGGGCCCUUUUUAAGGUCACUUUCUCCCUCUUCAGCACCGCCGUUACUGUCUCGGUAGUAAACCUCGACGAGACCAUUCCGGGAGUGGACGGCAUCGUCCUGCGGCCCGACGGAAAGCUCGUGGCCGCGAGCGUCUUUGGCAUCCACCUCGUGGAAAGCAACGACAACUGGGCCUCGGCCAAGCUAGUCGAGACCGUCUCGCUCAAGUCCUCAGAGCCGGCAACUGCGAUCACACUAAAAGACGGGCUCGUGUAUGCGAACCUCGGCCAAGUCCACAAGCUCCGGGCGGGCAAGUCGAACAAGUGGUUCGAGCUCCGUUUGAUCGAGUUCCAAUCGGACGCCAAGAGUAAGCCUAAGAGUAAGCCCACCGCCGCAAGGGCUGCCAAGAAGGGUGCGAAAAGCACACAGAGCGCGGUUCCGGUGGUUUUGAUCUCCGGGGGGUUGCUGGCGCUUCUGGCGCUCGCGCUGGCGAAGGACAAGAAGGGGGCGAAGCAUCAUUGAUGCGGGGCGGGCAUGUAGGUUAUAGAGACUAACCUAGAGAGCGUAGACCGUUUUUGAUGGUCAAGUCCCGAUUUCGAGGACCGCGCAUAUUGCCAUGCUUGAUGACGUCAUAGGCACGGGUAGGGGACGCUCGAGAGUAGAAGAGUUAGUUGCAGUCCGGCAUCUAUGUGUAUUGAUGUACAUACGUCGUCCUGAGAGCGUGCUUCACUCACAAAGUUUUUCUCGUUAGUCCCUCCACAACCAUCUUUGAUAUCCGACUGAAGCAACCGGACCAACGGCUUGCAGUAGGGUGGCCUGCUCUUGGCGCAUAUGCAUUGCCAGGCUGAGCGCGAGCCUCGGAGUUAGCGUUUUUUCGUGGCACGCAGUUCGUUGCACGUUUGAAGUUGGUCGGAAUCAUAGAGAUACGGAUCGUUAAGGGAUGUUUAGCCGGGAUGUUGAUCCAGACAUGUUC